UUCUGUGAGCUCGGUCCACGGAGGAGAGAAUCUCAACUCUCCAGAAAAUCGAACGUUAUUAGCUUUACUCGCUCGCUCGCUCUCUCUCUCUCUCUCUCUCUCUCUCGCUCUUUAAUUUGUUGUUGUCUCUAUUGCGUACUCCACAAAGUCUUUUCCUUUGGAUUAGUAACGUCAUAUUCAUUGUCAGUCAUCCUAGGGCUUUUGUUUUUCUUGGUUAGGUCGCUUCGUUUCAAUGGCUGCUCAGGCCUUAGAUUACACUACUAUUCAAGUGGUUUCUGAAGCAUCUGAAACCCUAGACGAAGCAGAUUCACAUGCUCCAGAAGCUAAAAUUGCCGGAAUGGGACUCACUGCGAGUGAAGGCAGUGACUCAGGGUGUUCGGGGCAGAAGAAGAUGGAGAGUUCUAGGGCUGAAAUUGACACGUCAGCGCCGUUUGAGUCGGUUAAGGAAGCUGCUAGUCGAUUCGGUGGAAUCGGUUUCUGGAGACCCCAUUCCCAUAAGCCCACCCAAGCUUCUCAGCAUGAUAUUGAAGCUGUUGACAUCACCAAAGUGGAGGAACAGGCUGCGCAGUUGGAGAAAGAUCUGAUCGCAAAAGAAAGGGAAACACUUGAUGUCUUGAAAGAACUGGAAACAACUAAAAUGAUUGUAGAAGAACUUAAACUAAAGCUACAAAAAGAGGCAUCUGAAGUCGAUGCAGCCUCGAAUGCAAAUUUAGAUGAUAUUAUGAAUGUAAAUCCUGCUGUGGAAGUACCAGGAAAGGAAAACUGUGGAAACCUUGAGGGUGGUAAUCAUGAUUCUACUAGUGCUUUCAGCCUCUGCCCCUCUUCAGCUCCAGGGUUCAUCUUAAUGGAAUUGAAACAAGCCAAGUUGAACCUUACAAGAACUACAACUGAUCUUGCUGACAUUCGAGCUACUGUUGAGUCAUUCAACAAGAAAAUAGAAAAGGAAAGACGCUCACUUGAAAAGACUCACGAGAGGUUAUCUUUAAAUUCCUCAAAAAUUUCAUCACUUGAGGAAGAGCUAAGCAAAACAAGACUGAAGUUACAACUGGCCCAAUCUGCUGAAGUUAAAGGUGAUUCAGAUAAUCCCAUUGAUAUAUCAAGAGAGCUUCAACGAUUGAGUUCCGAGGCAGAGCAGUACAAGAAAAUGGGAGAAGCUGCAAAAUCAGAAGUUUUCAAAGCAAUGGCGGAGAUUGAACAUACUAAAACUAGGAUUAAAACGUCUGAUAUCAGAUUGGUUGCAGCCAAGAAAAUGAAGGAAGCUGCUAGAGCCACAGAAGCUGUUGCUCUUGCAGAGAUCAAGGCCCUAUCAAGCAGCAAUCUCUCCAAUGAAGGUUCCCAGAAGAAGCCCAAAGGGGUUACUCUUUCAUUCGAUGAAUAUACAUCUCUAACCUCAAAAGCUCGAGAUGCAGAGGAAGCUUCUAAGAGGAAAGUGAUGGAUGCUAUGGUUCUAGUUAAUGAAGCAAAUGUAUCAAAAGUGGAGAUUUUGAAGAAGGUAGAAGAAGCCACAGAAGAAGUCAAAAACAGUAAGAGGGUCUUGGAAGACACUUUAAACAGAGUAGAGGCUGCAACUAAAGCGAAGUUAGCAGUCGAAGAAGCUCUGCGGAAAUGGAGAUCUGAACAUGUUCAAAGAAGACGGACUGUACAGAACUCGACCAAGUUCAAGAAUUCUCACCCCUCUUCUCACCACCGGAGAAACUCUCGUCUGCUUGACGUAAAUGGAAUGAAUCUCGAGAAUGAUGAGUCAAAGCCGGUUUUGAGGCCGACACUGUCUAUAGGACAAAUACUGAGCAGGAAGUUGCUUUUGACAGAAGAAUUUGAGAAUGGGGCGGAAAAAGGUGCUGUUAAACGAAAGAUGUCACUCGGUCAAAUGCUUAGUAGAAGUGAUGGUGAUGCGCCUUCUACACGGAAGGCUGAGAGGGAAAGUGGGCCCAAGCAAUUGCCUGCAAAGAGAAAGAAGUUUGGGUUUGCUCGAUUCACGGUCCUCAUGCGAAAGCAAAGUAAGAAAAAGAAGAAGCAAACGUAAUUCAAUGUGUCGCAGUGGGUAGGUUUAUGUCUUCGUUAGUUGUUUUAUGCCCUAAUCAUCUUUAGUGUGUCCUGGUUUAAGGUUUAUGUCUUCUUAGGUGACUAAUGUUAAUGUACCCCAGACCCAUUGUUUGUUGGUAGUAUUGCGGUUAUUUAUCAAAUUCUGGGUUGUUCAAAUGAUGAUUGUGAUGUUUUCACAA